AUGAUAGACCCUGCCCCAGAGGAGACUCAGAAUCUCCUUCCUCCUCCAGCGCCGCCUCUUCCACCUAGUCGGCUGGGCCAAUUGCAGAGAAUCAUUGCACCGUGGGGAAGGCACAUUGGCUCGAAGUCUCAUGGCGGCCCAUCCCAAGGCGACCGUGAACACGCGCUCCGGCAGAUCACGGCCAUACACACGUACAGCUCCCUGCCCUCUCCCACAGCGACCCACCGCACCGGCAUUCCCAUUUCUGCUCUGGACAUCAAUCAGGCCGGAACCCAUGCCAUCCUGGCCGGCAAAGAUAUUCUCAAGACAGUGCAUGUCCAUGAUGGAAAGGUGACCGAAGACCUCAAUCUCCGUGCCGCCAUCAGUUCCUAUGCCUCGACGCACAGCCAGGUGGGCGAUGCAGGCAAGCGCAGGGAAUAUUUACCGGCCAGAGACGUGAGGUGGUCCACAGGCAAUUGGGACCAUAUCAUUGCCACUGCAGCUACAAAUGGUCGCAUUGCCCUGUACGACUUGAAGGCUUCAGGUCUCAAGACCGAAUUUGCUUGGCUCCAUGAACACACAGGUCAAAUCAACAAGCUGGACUUUGAUCCUUCAGCUGGAUAUUUAUUGCUGUCGGCCAGUCAGGACAAGUCGGUGAGGCUUUGGGAUCUGCGCGUCAAACCCGACAAGGCUUUUCGUCGAUUUGAUAUUCGAAGUGCUGUUCGCGAUGUUCGCUGGUCACCAUCCGCCCUAGAACCGCUCGACUUUGCCAUUUGUGCAGAUGGUGGACUGAUCCAGAAAUGGGACGCCCGCUCUCCUUCUCGGCCGAUCCUGAGCAUCAGUGGGCACGAGAAGGCAUGCUAUUCCCUGGACUGGCACCCCGACGGUCGACACGUGAUAUCUGGCGGGUUUGACAAGUAUAUCCGGGUGUGGGACUUCCAGAGCGACAAUCGACGCCAGAAGCCUGUACUACAGCUCAAGGCGCCUCAUGCAAUAAGGAAUAUUAGGUGGCGACCUCCCUGUAAGGUGUCUCCAAAUCCGGAGGCUGCCCAUUGGCAGAGCACCCAAGUUGCUGUUUCCUACUAUCACGAUGACCCCAGAAUCCAUGUCUGGGACCUUCGAAGGCCCUUGUUGCCCUUCCGAGAGUUGGACAAGUAUAACAUGCCACCCAAUGAUAUGCUUUGGGCCAACCAGGACAUGUUAUGGACCGUUGGUGACGAAGGAAUCUUUACCCAAUGGGACCUGAAGCAUACUACACCUUUCUAUACACAGCUUUCCCCAUCGGUCUCGGAAUUCACCCCAGACGGCCAUUACUACAUGUUUUGCGAGGAUAGAGACCUUCAGCAAAGACCCUCCUUGGACGACCCUGUGAUGGGCUUUUUGGCCGUUCCACCAAACAAGCUUAGCGGUGGUGACGAUGGCGCGAUCAGUCGGAGCUUGACCGACGAUGAGGGCAGCAUUGAGACUUCAGGGCAAGCCAGCUCUCGCCGGCGGGGCAGGGGCAUUCUUUCCUCCAGGUCUGUCAAGUCCCAGGCCAGCAGUCCGCCUUCGGUUGACGAAAAAACGCCUGUUCUUCCACUGGACAAGGCUGUCUUGGAUCGUGGCGAUCUUUUCAAUAACGAACAGGUCGGCGUAGUCGGCUACAUUCCCGGAGUUGCUGCCGACGCAGGAGUCGUUGAAUUUCUAGCAUCACACUAUGCAAAGCCGGCAUCGAUGGAUGAGCGGAGGCGUUCGCCCAACACCAUCCUCGAACGUCUUGAGGCUGCAUUCAACCAGAACGCUGCAGCAUGUGACGCUGUAUCCAUGCACCGCAUGGCUCAAUCUUGGCGGAUCCUAGGGGCAGUUGUGGUUCCCGAAGUCAAGGACUGGGCGGAUGCAAAUAGGGCAAAGCGAAGGGCUGAUGCCGCUCGAAGAAGGGAGACUCUGGAGAAUUUUCGAUCAGGGGCCCACCGCCACGCUGUUUCUCCUCUAGCUGGACUCCCGCAUCGUGGGUUCAAUACUAAGAGCGAAGGGCGGACGCCGAAUCUGAAGAGCAGUCUUUUGAAGGGGAUGGUCCAGGCUGAGCGUGGGCAUCAUGGGUCAGAAGUAGGCAGCACGUCAAAUGUGACCACGCCACGUGCCAAACCACUGCCCAAUUCUCCUCCUGGGCAUCACACGAGAUGGAGCACUUCGAGUAGUGACGAUACCAUCGACAAUAUUGCACCCCUUCCUCCCUCCAUACUGUCCUCACAUUCUACUGCAGCUGCAGCGGCCCGCGCCCUGGCCGAUGCCCGGGAGCAUGGGCCGCGAUCAAACUCCUCUUCUCCAGAAAUGCUCAGGCCAGUGCGUUCCAAUGCAAGUCAGUCGACGAGCAGCCGUGAGACAGCCAGGAAUUCACCAGUACACGCUGCAAGACGUCCAGGUGCCGACUUUCCAGUGGCGACCCCGGAGCCUCAAAAGCAGGAGGAUCGGAGGGCGGCGCUGCGAGACUAUCGCGUCCAAGCUCGGCCGAUCUUCACGCUGGACGAUGCCACCUAUAGGCCCGACAAUAAGGACAGACAAGACUCGGAUGAGAGCUUCCCUAUGUUUUCUGCGUCAACUGACAGCUCCCACAGGGCUCGGUCCCUAGGACAGUCAUUUGGGUCGUCUCAUGUUGAUGACGGAAUGCGCCAUCGAGAAGACGGGCAUGAUUCUGACGAUGGACAAGGCACUGAAAGGGAAGAGGCUCCCUUACAGGAGGACACUCAACCAUUGCAGACUGUAGCGCCGCACUCGGCUUCGGUUGCCCAAAAGUCGAAGAAUGGAUUAGCUGCUGUGGACACGCAACCAGACACGAGGCUUGGACACGAGGUUCCCGGCCAUUCUGUGGAAUCUGGACACUCAGCUCCGCCAUCGGUGGACAAGACGAUGUGGAAUGCCGAGAACGUUCUUGAAUCAGUUACCAGUUCACAAAUCGAGACGAGAGUAUCAACAUCGCCCGACAUUUUCCAUUUCGAAGGAGGAGCAUCGCUUUCAAAGCCACAGAUCCAUACGUCCAAUCCAAUUCGACUCCAAAGGGAUGGACCAAUGCACGGCCUUGAUAGUCGGAUUACGGAUGAGCCCACAGCUUCCAUGUCUAUGGAAGAACUCGACCAGGAAACAUACCUGUUCCAAGACUUUCGCCCCAUCGACUUGGCGAGUUAUGAGCCGAAAUUACCAUUUGCCUGGUCCGCGUUGCCUCUGAUAUGUCAAAGUAUUGCUUUUGACAUCGCGAACGGGAUUGGCCACGCGCAAUUCGCGACCCAUCUACUCCUCCAUGUCUAUGCAUACUUUUUCCAUCCUAGCUUCCGCAAGCUCGAGCGAACUGAAUCCGGAGGAGGAGAGUCUCUCGCUGACCGACUGAUGACGCCUCAUCUGGGCCAUCGCAUCAUCGAAAGCAUCAUCGAAGAUCAUCUAUCAUUUCUGAAAAGGAUGGGAUAUUUUGAGUCGGCUGCUAUUAUCUGGAAAAUGUGUGUCGAGCUCGAUUACCCUCGGCUCUAUAUCUCUUCGACACCCAGCAAGCAAAACAGUGGCAGUCUCACCAAUGGAGACGCGAUGAGUCUCUCUGUGGCUUGCACAAACUGCCAAAGGGUGAUGCAACCUGGGACGAAUGUGUGCGAGACCUGCCAGAAACUUCGGUUUGUGUGUCCAAUCUGCGAAUCUAUCAAGUCAUAUUGCAACAGUGAAAGACAGGGCUGGGGCCACAGUGCGGCCAUGUGGAUGUUCUGUCAAGCAUGUGGCCAUUCCGGCCAUGUUCAAUGCCUAACGGAAUGGUUUGCUCAUCCUUCCAGCGAAGGGACAUGUCCAAGCCAAGGCUGUGGGUGUGACUGCCUACCGGGCUUGACCCGGGUCUAUCGUAUCCAAAAACAAGCAAAACGAGAGGAGGAAGCCAAACUCAUCCGCGGGAGCAACGUCGGGAGCGGCUCAGCCAAGCGAGAUCCUCUUCGAGCGACGCCCAGUCCAGCGGUCGACAAGGCGCGGGUAGCGUUACGCAACAGUAUAAGCACAGAUCGUGCAACCCAAAGUGGCGAUGAGCGCAGCAUGCCCGGUAAGCGUGGCAAUGGUCGUAACAAGCCAAGCAUGCAGUCGGGCUUCAGCGGGUCUCGUAAAAGUGUACGACUAGUAACUCCGGGGGAAGAGAACGCACAAUCGCAGUCCAGAGCUUGA